AAGUUGACCAGCAGCGGCGCAGCGCUCCGGCCUCUCCCUAUAAUAUAACGCCCUCCGCUCUCCAGCUUCUUCAUUUCUCUUGGUAGGAGGUGGAAUCGAUCUUGCUCUCUAGCGCAGCAGAGAAGCAGCAGCUCGAUCGAGAGACCUACAGAGCUAGCUGCGGCGGCCGGCGAUGGCCAUGAAUUCGCUGAGCAUGGUGGAGGCGAGGCUGCCUCCGGGGUUCAGGUUCCAUCCGCGGGACGACGAGCUCGUGCUGGACUACCUGGCCAAGAAGCUCGGCGGCGGCGGCGGCGGCGGAGGAGGCUCCGCGGUCGCGAGCAUCUACGGCUGCCCCACGAUGGUCGACGUCGAUCUGAACAAGUGCGAGCCCUGGGACCUUCCAGAUAUUGCUUGCAUUGGUGGAAAAGAGUGGUAUUUCUACAGCCUUAGGGAUAGAAAGUAUGCCACCGGCCAGAGAACAAAUAGAGCAACUGAUUCAGGCUAUUGGAAGGCUACCGGGAAAGACCGUCCAAUAAGCCGGAAAGGGUUGCUUGUUGGCAUGCGCAAAACCCUUGUGUUUUAUCAAGGUAGAGCCCCAAAGGGAAAGAAGACUGAGUGGGUUAUGCAUGAAUUCCGCAUGGAAGGGCAAGGUGAUCCAAUGAAGUUACCUUUUAAGGAGGACUGGGUCUUGUGUAGGGUUUUCUACAAGAGUAGGGCAACAAUUGCAAAGCCGCCCACAGAGAGUAGCAGCUACAAUAUUGACGCAGCCACAACUUCAUUGCCUCCCCUCAUUGACAACUACAACAUUUCCUUUGACCAGCCUGGCUCAGUGCAAAACCUAGAGGGUUAUGAGCAAGUGCCCUGCUUCUCCAAUAAUCCCUCUCAUCAGCCAUCGUCAUUGAUGAACGCUCCGCUGCCGUCAUCAGCUAUGGAUGAUCAUCAGGAGCAGCAUAUGGGGAAGUCAAUCAAGGAUGUGCUCAUGAGCCAGUUCAGCAGGCUCGACGGCAACGUGAAGAGGGAGACGCCUCAACAAAGUAAUUUCUCUCAGGAUGGGUUCGAGUACUUGGCUGAGAGUGGCUUCACGCAGAUGUGGAACUCAUUCGGUUAAUCGAUUUAUAGGAAGAUUAUUGCAAUUAACAGAGGAUGAUACGAAAUUCCUCGGGAAUGAAAAAACAAAAAGCUAGGAGGAUGCAUGAGUAAAGAGGACUUGGGUAUGUGUGAUUCCUGUGUGGUAUUGCAUGUAGCUGUAGUAGAUACCUAGUAGUAUAUACAUUUAUCAACAAGAAAAGAGAUAUAUGUAUAUGCCAGCAAUGAUGUAAAUACAUUAUUUGUGAACUAUAUAUAUGGAGAAAAUAGAAAAA